UAAACCUGUGUUCUGCGAGACUUCAACGUGAUUGCGCAGAAACGGAUGUUGGGUCGCCGUGAAGCCGAAGACGAAUAUAUUAACCUAGCGUGUAUUGUAACUGAAUCGUUAAUACUACUGAAAGCUACUAAGAAUGUUAAUCUCAGCUUUCAAGAAAAAUGGUUUUCCGGUUUGAAAUGUCAUAUCACUGCCAUGGUCAUCUUUAAACUUUUGUAAAUAUUGCCAAUCCCUCUGUGGAAUGUGUAAGUGUUAAUAAAAAUUGUUAUUUAGUAUCCUUGUUUCACGGAAACGGUGAUCAUCGAGAAAUUACCCAAUUAUUAGUCAGCACUGUGUUAUUUACGCAUUAGAAGGAUUCCGUCAUCCUAUUCCGAGUUAGAUAGUUAUAUCCUGUGAACUGAACUGUUGUGUUCAUUCUACGUGAAAGCAAUAACAGCAGUUGUCAUGAAUGCGGAGGAUAUUCACCGUCUUCGAGUCAAUCGUGUGGAGAUAGUAAGAGACUUGGAUGUGAAAUAUGUACUUAAUCACCUGAUUGCUAGUUUUGUGUUUGAUCCCGACGAUGACGAACGAAUUAAAGCAGAGAAAACUAACCAGGACAGAGUUUCCAAAUUACUGAACAUGCUUGAGAAAUCUUCCAAGGACAAUGCUUAUGUGGCGUUUCGCACAGCUUUAAUUGAACCAUACCCACAUUUGGUUGAAAAGUUAGAUGCUACCGUAAUCCCAACCAUCACAGAGAGUGAGACAAUGAACCAUGGUGUGCAAGAGGAUGCCAGUGGAAAAGCCGAGAUAUUGUCUGUAGAGCAGCAUCGAGAGGAACACUCUAGUUCUGGUAGCCCUGCUCAGGCUGCGUCCUCUGGCAGCAACUCCAAUGUUAUGAUGACCCAAAGUUCACAAAAGACAAGUACCACCAAUUAUGCCGAGGUUUCUGGAAAAGGGAAUUUUGUGGUCCUGGGUGGAAAUAACACCACAAUCAACAUUGGUCCAAAAAAGAAAGAACAUAAACGUUUUGGAUUUUUGCCAUCGUGGCAUAAAAAAUAA